CCCCGAGCGAAAUGCCCGGAUUUAGCUAGCCCCGUUAGCAUCACAAACCUCGGAGCUGCUCACUAUGGCAGCAGUUAUCCUCAGCUUCCCCUCGCUACAGGGCUUCAGAAUAUUUACACAGAAACUGUCAUGGACCAAAAGAGGCGUGAGGCUGGCUUCAGGUGUGGCGAGGAUCGAGAAGGUGCUGAUCGCAAACAGAGGAGAGAUCGCGUGUCGUGUGAUGAGGACGGCUAAAAAGAUGGGCGUUCGCUCUGUGGCGGUUUACAGCGACGCAGACAGACACUCCAUGCACGUCGCCAUGGCAGAUGAAGCGUAUCACAUUGGACCAGCGGCGUCUCAGCUGAGUUAUCUUUCUAUGGAGAAGGUUUUGGAGGUCGCCAAGAAGUCUGGGUCACAUGCGGUGCAUCCUGGUUAUGGUUUUCUAUCAGAGAACACAGAGUUUGCAGAAGCUUGUAAAGACGCAGGCAUCAUCUUCAUUGGACCUCCAUCUUCUGCCAUUAGAGACAUGGGCAUUAAAAGCACAUCCAAGCACAUCAUGUCCGCUGCCGGGGUGCCGAUCAUUGGUGGUUACCAUGGAGAUGACCAAUCGAACGAGAGGCUGCAGGCGGAGGCGGCUCAGAUUGGAUAUCCUGUAAUGAUCAAAGCCGUGAGAGGAGGAGGCGGGAAGGGGAUGCGUAUCGCCCGAUCGGAAAAGGAUUUCUUGGAGCAACUGGAGUCGGCGAGACGGGAAGCGAGGAAAUCUUUCAACGAUGACGUAAUGCUGGUGGAGAAGUUUGUAGAAGACCCCAGACAUGUGGAGGUGCAGGUGUUUGGGGACAUGCACGGUAAUGCGGUUUAUCUGUUUGAACGAGACUGCAGCGUUCAGAGGAGGCACCAGAAAAUCAUAGAGGAAGCUCCCGGGCCCGGUAUCAGCGCUGAGGUUCGGAGGAGGCUCGGAGAAGCAGCUGUUCGAGCGGCUAAAGCUGUGAACUAUGUGGGAGCAGGUACAGUGGAGUUCAUCAUGGACGCUCAGCACAACUUUUACUUCAUGGAGAUGAACACGCGGCUGCAGGUGGAGCACCCGGUGUCGGAGAUGAUCACAGGGACCGACCUGGUGGAGUGGCAGCUGCGGGUGGCAGCAGGCGAGCGUCUACCGCUCCUCCAGGAUGACAUAAUCUUAAAGGGACACUCGUUUGAGGCCAGGAUCUACGCUGAGGACCCCAACAAUGACUUCCUGCCAGGAGCCGGCCCCCUGCUGCACCUGUCCACACCUGCCGCGGACCAGAGCACGCGCAUCGAGACGGGGGUCAGGGAAGGAGAUGAAGUGUCUGCUCACUAUGACCCCAUGAUCGCUAAACUGGUGGUUUGGGGAGAGGACCGGGCGGCUGCUCUGAAGAAACUCAGAUACUGUUUAAGACAAUACAACAUCGUGGGCCUGAACACAAACAUAGACUUCUUGCUGAGUCUCUCGUCUCACCCGGAGUUUGAGGCUGGAAACGUGAGCACCAGUUUCAUCCCGCAGCACUACGCCGACCUCUUCCCCGCCCCGAGAGCUCCGUCUGGGGCUACGCUGUGUCAGGCUGCCCUCGGCUUGGUGCUGCAGGAGCAGAGCAGCACUCACAGAUUCACACAACAGUCUAAUGACCCGUUCUCUCCGUUUGGCUCCAGCGGCGGCUUCAGACUGAACCUGGAGCUGAGCAGAAACAUGAGUCUGCAGCUCGGAGACAAGAAGGUGAACGUGGUGGUCACCUACAACAAGGACGGGAGCUACACGAUGCAGAUUGGUGGAGAGCUGUUCCAUGUGACCGGAGAGGUGGAGUCUGAAGGCGGAGCUUCAUUUCUUCACUGCUCUGUGAACGGAGUCAAGUCCCGCCCCAAAAUCGUCAUCCUGAACAACACCGUGCAUCUGUUUUCUAUGGAGGGCAGUGCGGAGGUGGCUCUUCCUGUGCCGAAGUACCUGGCCGGAGUGAGCGGAUCGGGGUCUCAGGGAGGAGCAGUGGCCCCUAUGACGGGUACUAUAGAGAAGGUUUUCGUGAAGGCCGGGGAUAAGGUCGAAGCUGGAGAUCCACUGAUGGUUAUGAUCGCUAUGAAGAUGGAGCACACGAUCCGAGCGCCGAAGUCCGGAGUGAUCAAGAGAGUGUUUUUCAGCGAAGGAUCCCAGGCCAAUCGGCACGCCGCCCUGGUCGAACUCGAGGAGGAAGAGGAGGAAGAGCAGGCACAAUGAAGACUGUGAAGCACGACUCUGGACGGCCCGGAUCCUGGAACCCCGGACUUCCGACUUCCAACUUCUCAAUGAACGCAGUGUUUUGUCUCUUCUUCUAAGUGUCAUGACGUUCAUUUUGUACUAACUUCUACGUCUGAACAAUUUUGCGAUUUCAUUUUUCAGAUCAGGAUUCUAUUAACAUUUAAAGCAGCACUAUGUCACUUUUAUGCUGGGGAUCCACUACCUGCUUGUCUCCAGGUUUAGCUUGGAAUGUUCCACAGUGUAGCAUUAAACUUUUCUAUCUUUCGUAAUGUGAGCAGGAUCACCUCUACACAGAUCUGAAAUGUUUAACGCUACACUGUGGAACGUUCUAGGCAAAGAAGUAACCAUAGAGACGAGCAGGUAGCAGACAGUUCACCGGGAAAGUUACGUAGUGCAGCUUAAACGCACACAGGAGCCUUAACCAUUGAAAUCUGAACUAAACUCAUGUUCUGAAAAGUGAGACUUUUUAAAUGUUCGUAAAUGUCUAAACUACAAGAUCAGCUGCUUUUCUUUACUUUAUUUAUACAACUGUAGUGUUUCUGAUUUUCCUAACAGUUUAAAUUCCAAUUCUUAUUUGAUUUCCUCCUUGUUUGCUUCUUUUCUUUUCACCUAAAGUGUUUAAAACUUUAGGUGAAAACUUUUGGAGAGUUUUUGCUGGACUGAUCCAGGCAAUGUUACUGAUGUUUUUCGUUUAAACUGUAGAUUUAACAAUUAUUUGUAGAGUUAUGGGUGAAAUUCCCGGGUUUAUGACGUAGACGUGAUGAGCAGAAAUGUUUUAAAUCAUCAUAGACUGAAAAUAUUAAAAUAAACUCAUUAUUAUGUAGGUGAAAUUGCGCUGAAAGUGGAAUUCCUGCGUAUAUUGUUGGUAAAAAUCUGCAUUAACUCACGGUUGGUCCUUUUUGAAUAGGUUUUAAAUUAUAGCACUUAAAUUAACUAAAAACACUAUCUCUAUGGUGACAAAAUGUACCAUUAUUAAAGCUGCACUAUGUCGUUUUUCUAGUGGAGUUUCUGCCAUCAGCUUGUCUUCAUAGAAAUGUUAUCGCUUUGCCUAGAAUGUUCCGCUAUAUGGCAUUAAACGUGUCUACCUUUCAUUCAGUUACAGCUGCUUUUAUUGCUUGAAAAGAUGCUGUGAGUAGAGUCGCCUCUCCACAGAUCUGACCUGUACAUUGGUCUGGUGGUGCUAAACGCUCGUGUCCAUUGAGAUAGACAAGUUUAAUGCCGUGCUGUGGAACAUUCCAGGUAAAGCUAUAACAUUUAAGUCCAUGUAGAUGAGCACAUAGCAGGUUCUACAUCAUUAAAGUUACAUAGUGCAGCUUUAAGUUUUAUUUUCUUUCAUACAAUGUGUUGUUUUGUGUUUAGUUUUAGGUCAAAACUCUAUUUUUGACUGGUCCUGAUCUUUAGAAACCAAAAGAAUUUCCUAUAACAUGUAAAUCUGUUUUAAAAUUAAAGUGGGACUGAAAUAUUAGCUGUAAAUAAAAAAUAAACUCUGUAUGAACUGAACUCAGACCAGGUUCACUACAUUUUUUUCUCUUUCUGAAGUGGCCUUUUUUUGAUCAACAUUGUUUUCUGUUUGUGAUUUUUGAAAUAAAAUCUCCACAAAUGUG